AUGGCUGGGGUUGAGUUGGCCGCUGUCAUGUCGAAGCUGCUACAACGCCACCACAUCGACGCCGUACCUCUUGCUGGGAAGCAGCCGAGGGGUAUCGAGCAGACGCUAGAAGAGGUUGUGAAUGGUGGUAUUAUGAGGAUGUCUUUGAUCAUGGGCGGAAUUUAUGAUGCGGGCAAGAACAGAGACAUCCCGAUGCGAUUGUCUCGGUGA